AUGCAAUCUUCUCAUCCACCAAAAGCUUCCUUGCCAUCCAGGAUCCCACUAUGGCGCAUGAUCUUUGACCAAGGCGCGAUAACACAACGAAUUGUUGAUCACUCAUAUCCUGGAAGUGGCACUGAUGAAGAUCCGUUUAUUGUGUCCUGGAUCGAUGAGGACCCUCGAAAUCCGAUGCUCUUCAAGAACUCAUCAAAAUGGGCCAUAACUUCUCUUGUCUCAAUGGGCACUUUCGUAGUGGCUCUUGUCUCUUCGGCAUACUCUGGUUCGACGGUGGAAAUUAUCGAAUACUUUCAAAUCAGUGAAGAACUCGCCCUCGUCGGAAUAUCUGUUUUUGUGGUCGGAUUUGCUGUAGGUCCGCUCGUUUGGGCGCCGCUCAGUGAAAUAUAUGGUCGUCGUGUGGUUUUCAUCUUGAGCUCAUUUUUCCUGACGGUCUUCUCAGCUGGCGCUGCUGGAGCCAAGAACAUCCAAACUUUGAUCAUCCUGCGCUUCUUUGCUGGGAGCUUGGGAUCGGUACCAAUGGCUAUUUCUGGGGCUGUGAUUGCGGACAUAUUUCAUCCUAUCAUCCGUGGAUUAGCAAGUGGUCUUUUUGCCGCAGCGCCUUUCCUGGGACCAGUUCUAGGCCCCAUCUUCGGAGGGUAUAUUGCCAAAGCGAGCGGUGGCUGGCAAUGGGUUCAAGGCUUUCUUGCUGCAUUCUCCGGAGUGACGUGUCUAGCGACCAUCUUACUCAUGCCGGAGACUUACGCACCAGCUCUGUUGCAAUCGCGAGCACAAUCACUCCAGAAGGCCACAGGUCUUGCUUACCGCACCCAGUUGGACGAAAAGAGAUCCAAUCCAAGGAAGGUUUUGACGACUGCGCUUUCACGGCCCUGGGUGCUCCUUUUCCGCGAGCCCAUUGUGCUUUUGCUCUCUCUAUACAUGUCAAUCAUCUACGGCAUCUUAUAUAUGCUGUUUGCAGCAUACCCGAUCGUCUUCCAGAGUGUCCGAGGCUGGAGCGAAAGUGAGGGCGGACUUGCCUUCCUCGGCAUUCUAAAAGCGAACCCUCAAGGUGUCCCCGGGUCGACUUCCCCCGAGGCUCGUCUCCCACCUAGUUUCCCGGCAUGCAUCGCUCUGCCGGUCGGCUUGUUCUGGUUUGCCUGGACAAGCCAGCCAUCAGUCCACUGGAUGGCUCCGAUCGCCGCUGGAGUCCCCUUUGGGUUUGGCAUGGUGAUGGUCUUCCUUCCUAUUCUCAACUACUUGGUCGAUACAUACACGAUCUAUGCAGCCUCUGUACUUGCAGGCAAUCUGAUGCUCCGGUCUAUCUUUGGUGCCAUAUUCCCACUUUUCACAACCUAUAUGUAUCGCAACUUGGGUCCGAAUUGGGCUGCCUCAAUACCUGCAUUUUUGUCGGUCGCAUGCGCUCCAAUGCCGUUCUUGUUCUGGCUGUAUGGUCCGAAGAUACGUAAGCGCUGCCAUUAUGCCGCUGAAUCGGAGGCUUUCAUGACUCGUGUCUUUGGGGGACCAGUAACAGAGAAACAUAGUCAAAACAAGUAA